AUGAAGUCUGUAAGAGUGUCCCAUUAUCUCUAUACAGCUUCACUGUUCUUGUUAAUAUUUCUUACCGCCGUGUGUGUGGCUAUUUCAGCUGCCGAUGUCAUCAUUCAAGCAUUGACCGAUAAAACCAACACUGGGAAAUUUGACUUUCGUAACUUGGUUGUUGUCGGUGGUAGUUAUGUUAUCUUGGCGCUGGCUGCAUUACUCUUCUCAUGUAGUCGCAUGUUGACUGUUCGCCAUUCGUUGCAAGACAUUCCCAAACUAUAUAUUCCUAUCAAAAAAGAAGAUUUACCUAAGAAAGUCUUUUUUAAGAUUCGGGAAGGUUUUGAACAAGCGAAACAAACAUUGAAAAUGGCAGAACCUAGGCCAGAAGACAUUCAGGCUGUGGGCUGGGCAAAGCCAGGCACUCCUUUAUUUGAAGGACUCGAUUUCAAACAAGCGAUUGCUCGAACACCUGCUAUUGUUGAAAAUGUGGCUAUGAGUAUUAAUGUGGAAUAUGCCCGUCCAUUGUAUGUUCCCGUACGUCAAUAUAUGGAAUUUUUAAUACAACAGGGAUUAAUUGAUAAACAAUUGGGUUCGUUUUAUUUAGAAGGUUAUGAAACUGCCAGAUUCAGUAACGAGCCCUUAAGCCAACUUCAAUACAUGGAUAUCAUGAAGCAUCUAGCCGCCAUCUUAAAGCAUAUGGGCUACAAUCUCAAAAAUCCUAAUCAUCAGACACACUUGUCCGCUUCCGAAAGUAUCACUAGUCCGGGUCACAGGAGUCACAACCAUUCCUCUGUAAGACCUUCUUCUUCCUCUCGGAACAUCAAACACCGACUCUCUUCAGGUCACCCGAUAGAGCCUGAUACCCUUUCAACUCACACGUGGAAUUCACGUUCCACAUAG